GACUUUUCUGUCAAGGCACUCGAGUUGUGUGUUAAAUCUAUGUCGGUUGGUGAGCGUGCUCGCUUUCUUUGCAUGCCCGAAUACUGUCAAGGAUUUGUUCAAUUGGAAACUGUUCAAAGACAAGAACGUUUAAAUCGUGCCAAUAUUGCCAAAGGUCUUCCACCUGUUAGAUCUGGUGCUGGAUGUUGUGCUCAUGCAUCUGCAGAAAUAAUGGAUACCAACAAAGAUUUGAUGCUGUUAUAUGGCGCUCCUCUAGAAUUUGAAAUCGAGUUGGUUCAAGUCCAAUCACCCAAUUCGUUUGUCAAGGAACCAUGGGAAAUGACUUCAUUGGAAAAAUAUCAUCAGAUUCCUCAGUGUAAACAGGAUGGUGGUGUGUUGUACAAAAAAGGGGAUUUUACUGGUGCACUGCAGAAAUACGAACGUGCCUUGAUACUCUUGGAAAGCUUGGAUACCAGUUCGGUUGUGACAGACAUGAGACGAGAGAAGGUGGAGUCUGCUCGUCGUGCAAAGUCUGGUGUUGUGAGUGACUGCACUGAUGACGAUACUCCCGAAACCCGAGAAAUUGAUUUGGAUACGCUGAGUAUGCUCAUGCAGUCGUGUCGACUCAAUUACGCUGCCUGUAAACUCAAACUAAACGAUUCUCCUGCUGCAAUUAUCCAAUGCACUCAAGUUCUUGCAUCCGAUCCAAACUGCAUUAAAGCCUUGUUUCGUCGUGCUCAAGCCUAUACCCGUCUUGGUCGUGAUUUGGAUCUGGCUGACCAGGAUUUAAAAACACUCGAGCGUGUACUCGAGAGUCAUCCUGAACAGUAUCUUGCUGGAGGUAGCGAGUGGACAGAAUACACACGCGAAAGGAUGCAGUUGAACGCCAAGCUAAAGCAGCAUGCCAUCAAAGAGAAGAAGAUGUAUGGCAAGAUGUUUGAGUGUCAACCAACACUUUCUAAUUAGACUAUUUAAUAAAUUUAAGAUGUUGAGCUACUC